GCACAAUGGCAUCCUCCAGCCCUCUAUCCAAGGCCAUGACCACCUUCUCUCUGGCUCUGCUCAGUAAGCUGAAUGAGGACAACAACUCUGCAAAUAUCUUCUUCUCUCCUUUCAGCAUCUCAACAGCUCUGGCUAUGGUGAUGCUGGGGGCCAGAGGCAGCACAGCCAAACAGAUGUCAGAGUGCUUGAAAAUUCCAGAUUGUCAGGAUGAUGUCCACACUCUGUUUGCCAAACUGCUGAGUAAGAUCAACAAGCCAGGAGCUCCAUUUGUUCUCAAUGUUGCCAACAGACUGUACGGAGAGCAGUCCUACCACUUUAUUCAGGACUAUCUAACUCAAACCAGGACUCAUUACAACUCAGAGCUGGAGUCUGUGGACUUCAGAACCAGCUGUGAGGAAGCCAGGGUCAAGAUCAACAGCUGGGUGGAGGAGCAGACUCAAGGUAAAAUCAAAUAUAUGAUGGCUGAGGGCAUGAUGAACGAGAUGACCAGAAUGAUCCUGGUUAAUGCCAUCUACUUUAAAGGCAACUGGAAUAAAGCUUUUCCAAGAUUUAACACCUUUGAUGCUGAGUUUAGACUCAACAAGAGUGACGUGAAACCUGUGCCGAUGAUGGAACAGAAAACCAACUUCAACCUUGCCUUCAUUCCUGAAGUCAAUUGUCAGAUAUUGGAGAUGCCUUACAAAGGGAAGGAGCUGAGCAUGCUCAUCUUUUUACCCAAAGAGAUAGAAGAUGACACAACAGGUCUGCAGAAGCUGGAGAACCUCCUGACCUAUGAGAAAUUCAUGGAGUGGACUCAACCAGAUGAAAUGGAAAGCUGUGAGGUUGAUGUGAUGCUGCCUCGAUUCAAGCUGGAGGAAACGUAUGACCUGAACCAAGUCCUGAGUUGUAUGGGCAUGGUGGAGGCUUUUAAUGAAUCCAAGUGUGACUUUUCUGGAAUGUCAAGUAACAAAGGGCUCUUUUUGUCAAAAGUCUCCCACAAGGCUUUUGUAGAGGUGAAUGAGGAGGGAACUGAAGCUGCUGCUGCCACAGCUGUGAUUGUGGCAGAUAGUGUUACCUUCUUCACUGCAGACCACCCCUUCCUCUUCUUCAUCCGCCAUAACCUCACCAUGAGCGUUCUCUUUGCUGGGCGCUUCAGCUCCCCUAAGAACAUAGGACGAGCAUCUGACGGAAAGAUGGCAGCAGCAACCCCUCUGGCUACAGCCAACACCAGCUUCUCUCUGGCUCUGCUCAGGAAGCUGGGGGACAACGACAACACUGCAAACGUCUUCUUCUCUCCUUUCAGCAUCUCCUCAGCCCUGGCCAUGGUGAUGCUGGGAGCCAGAGGCAACACAUCUGCCCAGAUGUCAGAGACUCUUCACUUCAUUAAGGCGCUUAAGGUGAAGAAGGCAGGACCGCAGACGGUGCAGAUGCAACAGCAGGUCCAAUCCAAACUGCCACCACAUCUGCUAAAGACCUUGAAAACCCUGAAUAUUCAGGACGACGUCCACUCCAGCUUUGCCCUGCUGCUGAGGGAGCUCAACAAGCCAGGUGCUCCAUAUGCCCUGAGUGUCGCCAACAGACUCUACGGAGAGCAGUCCUACCAGUUUCUUCAGGAUUUCCUUGAGAAAAGUAGGAAGCACUAUAAAGCAGAACUGGAGACGGUGGACUUUUCCAAAAACUCCGAAGCAGCCAGGGUCAACAUCAACAACUGGGUGGAGAAGCAGACACAAGGUAAAAUUAAGGAUAUCCUGGGUAUGGAUGCAGUGAGCGGGAUGACCAGGUUGGUGCUGGUCAAUGCAAUCUACUUCAAAGGCAACUGGAACAAGCAGUUUCAGGAGAGCUCCACCCGCGAGGCUCCGUUCCGAAUCAACAAGAAUGACACAAAGCCGGUGAAGAUGAUGUACCUAAAGUCAAAGUUUCCCAUGACCUUCAUCUCUGAAGUCAACUGCCAGAUCUUGGAGAUGCCGUACAAAGGGAAGGAGCUGAGCAUGCUUAUCUUUUUACCCUCUGACAUGGAGGGUACAACUGGUCUGGAGAAGAUGGAGCAGGAGUUGACGUAUGACAAGUUCAUGGAAUGGACCCGUCCAGACAUGAUGGAUGAGAACGAGGUCCAAGUGGGCCUGCCUCGGUUCAAGAUGGACGAAAAAUAUGACAUGAAGAACGUCCUGAUGAGCAUGGGCAUGGUGGACGCCUUCGACCAAGGAAAUAGUGACUUUUCCGGCAUGUCUCCUGCCAAUGACCUGUUUGUGUCAGAGAUUUACCACAAGGCCUUUGUGGAAGUAAACGAGGAGGGAACUGAGGCUGCUGCUGCCACCGCCGCUGUCAUGAUGCUGCGCUGCGCCAUGAUUCCUGCCAAAUUCAUCGCGGACCAUCCUUUCCUCUUCUUCAUCAGACACAACCCCUCCACGACCGUUCUCUUCGCUGGUCGCUACUGCUCACCCGUAUGAGCACCGGUCAUUUAGAGCAACGUUCCUGAUCAGGAGGGAGGUUACAACACAGUUAAAACAGCAGUGAAAUUAAUUGGACCGAGGGAGCAGAGUUGGUUCAGAGCUCCCUCUUGCUAAUCCCUCCUCUGGUUUCCAUCCUGUAAAUUUAACACCAGUGCAUACAAGUUGGAUGGUUUCCUCCUUUUAUGUGCCUUGCUAAAAUGUCAGUUUCUCACACUGUUUAACCCAACAUUAUCCUUUGCAGGUUGUAUUUGUCCAUGUUUGUAAUGCCUGCAUAGCUCUGUUUGCUGCAGCUACUUUAUAUCAUGUGUCCUUUUUUAAGGACUUGGCUUUUCAUCAACUGGCAGCAUAAACACAACUUAACCCCAUGGUUGCAACAUCAUUUGCACUUCAUCUUCACAAAAUAUUAGAAUAAAUAAUCGUUUACACUUGAUGCAGAACCAAAGAGAAGUGGCUUAAUACAUGAAGCUUUGCUGGAUUUUAAAUGACAAAUAAAAGAUUGACUUGCAAA